UUCAAGGCGGACAAAAGCUCCGCGAUACCGUGCUUGCCAUAUAAUAAAUAAUGUAUUAGAAACUAAUGGCGUUUUCGUUUUUAAUUUGCACUACACCGGUGCAGUGCUACACUGAGGCAUGAAUAAACGAACAAAAAUGACGAAAACAUAAACAGUAACCAUUGACUACAAUAAACGUGGAAUCGCACAGAGCUACACCAAACUUUUGAUGAUUGCUACACCAGUGGUAUCGGUGCAGAAAAAGUGUAGCACUGGUGUAGUGCAAUUGGCAAAAACGAACGGUUUCAGUGCAGCUUUCGCUACACCAGUGUAGUGCAAUUUAAAAACGAAAACGACAUAAGACGCAACUUCGGAUAUCAAAAGCAAUAACAAAACAACAUUCCAGAGAAUAGGCGUUCGAUCGCUAGAUUCGUGUUCGACUAAUGUAAAAUAAUCGUAAAAGAAAUGCCCUCCGCGGAACCACCGAUGAAUAACGGGGACGAACACCAAUCCUCAUCACUUCAGGACAAUCGUCAGCAUGAUCAAAAUGGGCAUGGUGAUGAAAACGAUGGCAACCACAUUUUGGCGGAAUCGAAUCAAACCGUAUCCCGGGAUCCCGACCGUCAGUUGAUACCGGCCGAUCGCAUUCUGCACGUGGAGGACUGUCCCGGGGCACCGUUGGAUCUGCCGACUGUGCGUGAGUUCACGCAGAACGACAAGAUCAACAAAUUUCUGCUGAAUUCUUUCCUGCAGCGAAUUAACGAAACCGAUCUGGGACAGGUACGGGAUAACGACACUAACGGGGAUAGCGAGCAGGAUCAGGAUUUUGAGGCGUAAGGUUGAGCAAAAUUUCUUCGCUAUUGAAGAUAGUUUAGAUUAAGUUUUGUAUGUUAUUAUUGUGGUGUCAUUUUAAAGUUUUCGUUGCUACUGAUGAUGAGUGAUGAUCGAAUAAAGAUAUGGACGGAAUAUUGAGUGAAAUUUA